UCAACACUGUCCACCAUCUUGUCACUGGAAUUUUAUCAACAUAGUACUCUCUAGUCUACACCUUAUCAGGGUGGGCCAAUCACCGCAACAGUGACUUGAAUAACAAUAGAGCACCAUAGAACCAUUCACUUUGGAGUAACAGCGAAAUUUUUCGGUCUCAACCUCAGUCCCAUCCGCCAUUGAACAGCAGCCAAACCAAGACUGGACGCCGUGCGACAAGAUGCCGGUACGCGAAGGUCCGGCGAUACUUAAGCCGCCAGAUGAGAAUGAGCCCAUGGACUCUGGACCUAUUGAUGUUACACUCGAGACCGCGGUAUUCCCAGACCAACGGGAGGACCCAGCGGACUUUAUUGUCGACGAUAAGCCGUUUGCGUUCUCCCCUGGCCAGCUGAAUAAGAUGCUGAAUCCGAAAAGCCUUGCGGCUUACCAAGCACUUGGUGGGCUUGCCGGCCUCGAAAAGGGACUUCGGACAGAUCUUCAGUCCGGUCUUGGAAUGGAUGAACCAGGUUUGAAUUUUGAGGAUCAUAAGGUCCGUUCAGAAGGAGGCGCGCCGAUUGCAGGCACAGCAGCAGCGGCAGCAACGGCGUAUUGGAAACGGCCUUGGGGCAGCCUUACAUCAUCUGGACUUUUGAGAUCAAAAGCAGGCACUACUACGCCAGGUGCCGCAACCGCUGGCGCAGCGCGUUCGGACCGGAAGCGAGUAUCUGGGCAGAACAGGCUACCUGAGAAGCGACCGAGGAGUUUCUCCGAUCUCGCAUGGAUGGCAUUCUAUGACAAGAUCCUGAGGCUACUAACAAUAGCCGCGACAAUAUCACUUGCGCUGGUCGGGGAUAUUCUGCACCUUGAGCCCGGAGACAUUGUGCCCGUCGACGGGAUCUUCAUACAGGGACAAUCGGAGUACGGAUGGAAUGACGAUCCACAAAAAGGCCCCAACAGGGCAGAAUACACGGGGCCGACCAUGCAUGGGAGGUCAAGAUUUGUCCUCCCGCUGCGAAUCGACAAGACUGAAGUAGACGCCAUACCAGACACCGGGGCGGACGAGAACGCCAUGUCGUCCGCCUGUGCCCGCCACCUCGGAAUCAAGAUUGAACGCGACCUCAGCUGCAAAAGUAACAGCUCCGCAUUCCGCCUCGCCAACGGCCGAGCAUUCACGAGCUGUGGUAUCGCAAGUGUUCCAUCACUAUCCUUUGUAAAGGGGAACAAUAGCUGGAAACUCUCCAAAGAUCCGGUUUUCUUUAGAGUUUUUGACGCCCUCGCCGUCCCCAUGAUUUUGGGCCGGAGGUUCCUCAAGGAGACCGAGACGUUGAGUCGGUACACGGAUCGCUUGGAAACGGUGGCGGUAGCAACAAGUCCCGCAUCCUCUUCCGUUCCUCGCAUUCUUCACAUGAAUAGCGCCAAAGAGCGCAUGCUCUGCUAUGUGAAUGGCGUCCCCGUGCAUGCCAAUGCCGACACGGGCGCUGAAAUGAACCUGGCCUCGCCGGAGUGGGCUGCGCGACACGCCGGCGCAGCUAUCCAGCAGCCUGGCCGCGGUUAUGAGGAGGUGAUGCUGGCGGACGGAAGUCGUGCGGGGAUCCUUGGACAGUUCGAUGCGCGGUUCCAGUUGUAUGAUGAUGCAUCAACCACGGCCGGGAAACAGGGCCGUGCUAUAACGUCAACCAGGCGGUUUUUUAUCCUUGAUGGCCUGGUGUCGGAUAUUCUGCUGGGUCCCGACUUGCUGUUUGACAUUGGUGCGUUCAAGGAGCACCAGGAGUCAUUUGUUGUACUCGGCGCUCCGACCUCCGGCUCGAUCUCGGAUGUCAACUUCGUUGCAUGGCUUUCAAAACCGGAGAAAGUAUUGCUCGGGCUCUUCAGGGGCCGCAGGGAAUCGAACACAAAUACUACAGGAGUGCAAAGCGAAGCGGACUUCCGAGGAAGACUGGAUGACGAGGAUGCCCGUGAACAGCAAAUCCACAAACACGCUGAAGGUAUGAUUGACCAGCUACCCGAGCCGGAGCGGUCCAGGCGUCUCGACGCGGAAAAUAAGAGACAUCGGCAAUAUCUUGGUGAUCGCGAAAGGAGAGAACGGGAGUACUCUACCACGGCGAGUGUACAGCGGAGGAUGAUAUCAUCGGCUUGCUAG